CGGUCACGAUCUCGCUUGCAGAAACGUCCCUCGCAACGUGGCAUGAAAUCAUCACAAAUGUCUACCGCCCAGAAAAGGGCCGUGCUGGAACAGAACAACUUGGCCACGUCACCUGCACUCUCUGAUUCUGCUGCUGUACCAGAGAGGUCAUCCUCCCUGCGCGUUAAAACAGCGCAACCUUCCGCGGGCUCAGAGCGGCCGAAGACUGCAAAAGACAAACCAAGGCGCACAGACGCAAAUUAUACCAACGGUGAUACGUCAUGCACAGAUUCACAUACUGCUCUGCCCAUUAGACCUAGAACUGCACCAUCCGUGGAAAACAUCAAGGCGAGAGCACAGGCAAGAACCCCUCCUCCUCCAACAUUACUUCCGGCAUCUACGGCCGCAGUCAAAAGCCCUCCUCCUGGGACCAAUCGACUACCACGGCACGUUGCUCUCGCACCCUACGACCCAUACCCACUUAAUCCAUUAUACCAUAUCCCGAGUCCGCCUCUGUCGAACACAGAAUCCAGACCUUCACCCGAACCCAAGCAGUCACCUAACAGCGAGCAGCCCGCUGUGGCAACCCGUCAGCGGAGGAGCAGAGCUAUGACCCCCAUAGAAGCGGCGACGCAACAGCUCGCUGCGACCGUUGAAGCGCAGCCUACCGACCACUUGGAAUCAGGCACCGGGGCGACCACAGUCCAACACCACACAGACGUGACAGAGACUCUACGCCCGGCGGUGACACAAGAAGUGGUACAAGAGCACCGAAUAGAAAUCGUGCAAGAAGAAGUCACGCGAGAGAUCCACGUGCACCACUAUUUCACAUACAUGCAACCGCUCCGAGCUUUGGAGGUACUUCCAGCGAGACACUUUAUCGUUGAUCCGGAGACGGGGGAGAAGAGGGAAAUCGCAGCGCCCGAAGGCUGGUCAAUGCCGGCAAACCUGAUGCCAAGAAAGCCUGACACCUCCACCUUGGCGCCGAUCACUCGGCACUAUCUCGUCAACGAACAGCAUCCACAGGGAAUUCUCGAAUCAUCGCCCCCGCCCCAUCCGCCCCCGACACAACCGUUACCGCCGGCACCGGGUCCUGCGCCAUCGGCCUCGAGCCAAACCGGGAAAUGGUCUCCCUUUCCGCGGUCGACG